AUGUUUGGCAAUCUUAUUCCAGCGCAGGUUUUGCAGACGGCUAAUGUUUUACCAGGGGGAAAUAACGAAUUAGUGAUUAUUCAAGAUGGAAAUUCAAAUCAAGCCGAAUUAAUUAAUCAACUUCAAAAUCAUAUUACAGAAAAUCAACAGAUUCUCAUUAUUACAGACGAUUCGGGACAAGAUCAAUAUGUCAUCAUUGAUAAAGAUCAAGAUAUUACAGCAUUACUUCAAGACGGUUCGUUAUUUCCACAAUUUAACGAACAUAAUUUGGCGCGUUCAAACGGUCUUGAGCAAAUCUUACAAAUUGCACCCGUACCAAUAGCUACAGCACCAAUAUCUCAACCUGUUCAUAUAGCACCAAAACCAACAACCCAAAAACCUAUUGCACCAUCAACAGUUAAUCCAUCAAUGGUAUCACAUAAAUCAUCAUUUCAAAGCAAAAUUAAUUCUAGUGCAUUUCAUGUACAAAAUGUGGAAGAAUCUGUUCAACGUGUUAAUGCUCCACCGCCAAAACGUAAACCAAUUGAAAUACGUUACGAUCCCAAAGAAAAUUCAUUUCAAAAUGCAUUUUUGAAAUUUCUUGCUGGUGAAAAAGUGCCAUCGUUAGAAAUGUUGGCUAAUGAACCAGUUUUACGUAAACCAAAAGAAAAUUUAUAUAUUGGCAAUGGAGCUAAUAUGAUCGGAACAAAUAUUGGUUCUACAUGCGGCUAUCAAACAUAUAUUUUGAAUGAUGAAUCACGGACUGAAGAAAUAAUGGUAAUUGGAAGACCAAUUUAUGAUGAUACGAAAGGCGUCAAAAUUAAUCCACUAUUAAAAAACUUGCCUGUUGCUAAUAGCAGCAACACAACAACGGCAUUUUUACCACAAACAAUUACGCUUACACCUCGUCAACAACCAAUAGUUACAUUUUCAAAUCAAAAUAACAAUCGUGAUCCGUUACGUGAUGUUAAUAAUCAACAACAACAGUAUAUCAAUAAUUUAACUGGUUUAUUUCGUAACGCAGUGAACAAUACCAGUAAUGAUACAACUAUUCCAACUGCUGUUCUUCAAACUGUGCCAAGUUUAAUGGAUGGAACUACAACAAUUACUCUUCCACAACAUUUGUUAAAUCAACUUGGCCGAACUACGAUGACAGUUAUUCAACCGUCAGAGCUUGAACAAAGUCAAACGAUAACAUCCAUAGGCGAUAAUCGUAUUGAACCGGCAACAGCAUCGGCUGCGGCUAUACUUAGUCAAUUAACAGAAAUGGUUAGUCCGUCAUUUGAUCAUCACAACCAACAACAAGCUCCAUCAUCACAAAGCACAAUUGGCUUUUUAUCUGAAGAUAUUCUAGAUCAAAGAUUAUCACAUGUCAAUAACCGAAGUCAACAUGAAAAAGCAGCAGAUGCUUUAUUAGCUGACUCAAGUGCUCCGUCAACUUCAAGUGCAGUAGCAGAAGACAUAUUUAUUGACUCAGGAAAUAUUAAUCCACAGACAACUAUAUUAAACCCAUCUUAUAUGGAAAUAGACAAACAAAAUUCUGAAACAUAUGGAAUUAAAAAUGAACAAAUGCAUUCCGAAGUCGAUUUACGAAAUAAAAAUGAGUCUCAGACAACUGUGUUGCCACAUCAAAUGGAAUUAAACGAACAACAGCAGCAAUCAAUAAUUUCUGAUAGUAGACAACAAACGGAUGGUUACAAUCAGGUGACAGCUGCUGUUGAGACAGAUACAACGUAUGUGACUGAAAUGGGACCUGAAAUACCAUUUGAAAUAGGUCAAUUUUUACUUUACAAAGGAUAUUUUCUUAAUUUAUUACAUUUUCCGAUAUGGAAAGUUCAUACAAAAACAUUGUUACUCAAAUAUGACACAGUUUUGGCUGAUGGAGAAAUUGCUUGGGAAGCCACUGAUGAAGGAAUGUUUUAUACAAACGUAUUUGACGAUUAUGUACCGUUAAAAUGUGAAUUAAAGGGUUUACAUAACAAUCAAGAAGUAGUUCGCAUAGCUAAUGAAGCACAUCCUAUUAAAUUAAAAAUUCAUGGUCAUAUGAGUGCUGUUCGUAUUCAACAUGAUGUUUAUGCACAAGUAUUAGUUAAUCAUGUUUACGAUGCCGAUGUUUUACCGAGAAUUAAAGCAAAUAAUGAUGAAUAUGCAACAUACAUUCGUUUAAUAGAUGAAAUUUUAGAACAGCGUUAUAAUUAUGUUAUACAAUCAAGAAAGACAAUUGAAACUUUUCCGUGUUAUGUUGCCAAAUAUUCUUUAUUGGAUGUUAUCGAACAACAGCGUCCACAACUGCAUUGUCAAGUAACCGAGGACAAAACACAACCUGUUUCACAUACAUUACGUUUUCAUGGAUGCCAAUAUGAUUCAGAAAAUUUAAAAGAGAAUGAACAACCUUUACAACCACUAGAAGUUUAUGUUUGUGAAGACAUUGCAGCAAUGGCAAGUACAGCUCACGCUUUGAAACAUCAUAUAUUUCAUUUAUUUUAUAAUGCACAAACAAAAGUUUCUCAAUUACAAGAACUGAAUCCAAAUGCUGAUGCGGCUGACUUAAUUAGCGCUAUCUGUGGUGAUUCAGCGUGGUUACAAGAGUUAUUUGAUCGUUUUGAUUCCAUUAUGCAACAAGCGGAUAAUUAUAUAUUUUCAAAUGUUGAAAUUGCUUGGUGA